GAGAAAUGUCAAAUUAACAAAAAUAAAUCGUCAAGAGUCGAGGCGUUGAAGUUUGUUUUCACUUUUAUUUUGUUAUUAUAUUGUAAAUUGUAGUUGUAUCCCUAUUGAAAAUAAACAUGGCUAUAAGAAUACUCAGUUGGUUCGGUCUAGUAACUAUUAUCAUCACUGGAUUGUUUGGUAUUGGCUUCUAUUUAACGUUUCUUGCGUUCAUCGUCUCUUUUCUGGCUGGGGUAAUAACAAUUCUAUAUUUCUCCUAUGACCAAAAGAAGAUAUUCCCAGUUGAUUUAGACUGUCUGGAUGAUCCCUUGCAACAGUCAAACUUUUCUAUACAAGUACCAAAGGUAUUAGAACUAUUUCAAAAGGAAAAUUCUUUGCCGAAGUUUGAUAACCGGAUCACAGGUAGUGAGACUGUGGACUCUUUCCUCAAUGAGAUAAUAACAAUAAUCAUUAAUGAUUAUGUGACUCCAUGGUAUGAGAUUCUAACAAGUGACGAGGAGCUUACAAACCAUUCUAUAAAACGAUUGGUGCUGGCAGCUGGUGCUAAUGUAGCUAAUAGAGUCAAAUGCGUGGAUUGGAUCCACCUGCUCUCCACCCGUGUUCCAGAGGAACUGACAACUCAUUUGAAACUGUUUAAACAGUCAAGAGUGAGACUGAAACAUGUAGAUCUGAUGAGUGCCAAAGAAGUGUCCAACGGUUCAUCUAGACCAAGUCCUAAAAAACAGGACGAAAAGAAGACACAUAGGAGAAAUAAAAGUGAAACUGAUUUAUCUUGGCCCCCAGAGGCUCAAACAUUUGGGAAAUCGAAAUUUUACGAUAGUUCAGAGAACAUAAGUGGGAAGACACUCAAGGAUAUAUUUUUUGAACUGGAGUGCUCCAUAGAGAAUAGACAGAUCUGUCGGGAUAUUUACUGUAUGGACCCUGAAAAAGAAUAUGAAUUACUUUGCGAAGUUUCCGAAGCUGUGCUGUACCUAGUCGCACCGGAGGAGGCCUGGCGAUGUCACGCACUUAAAAUAAUACUCAUAGAACUGCUAUCAGCUGUUGUUCUACGACCCAUGAUUAACUUGCUUAGCGACCCUGAUAAUAUCAACAGAACUAUACUUAGAAGUUGUUGUCGAGACUCCUGUUUGCCAUCAGAGCUGUUCCUAGUGGUAAUACGAUGCUGCACCGACGCCGAAGAGUUGGAUGCUACUGUGGAACUUGUUCAGAAGGAUAUACAGAAAUUGCAUUCCAGAGACAGCGCCGGCGAAUGGGAACUACAGGACCGUCAAAAGCUUUCAUCUUUACAAUACUUGAGCCGCAUCAUUCAAGCACGGCGGGCGACAUUAGGGCCUCAAGAAGGGCUGGCCCACACAACUAACGUAGAUAAAGUAUCGGAAGAAGUAUCCAGAUCAUUGAAGUUUCUGCGAGCGACCACCGCAUGGAGAUCAAACGCUCAGUAUUUGUUGGAAAUCGAGUUGAAUGAGGCUGAUGCACCUCACACGUCAAAAGCAGUAUUAGACAACUUGCGUUCAUCGGCUUUAGAACUAUGCGAUCUCUACCUAGCGCCAAACAGGCCAGCCGUGAUGGGUCUUCCAGAGAACUGUUAUGCGGAACUAGUGAGGAAAAUCACUAUGGAAGGCGAAGAGUUCACGAAUAGUCCGGUGAUAUGCUUUGAUGAAGUCCAGAAGUGUGUUUGUGAUGCCUUAGAGGAUGACCCGUCAUGGCAAUCAGAUUUUAUGAUGGAUAGCGAAGAUGGAUCUGAAAAGAGCAGUGAUCUAAAAAAGGACGAAAAAACCGACACGAGGAAAUACAGCGACAAAUGCAAGAAAAUUAUGAAGUCAUGUUUCAAUCAGUUGCCAAAGUUGUUCUUCAAGUCGAAAUACAAGUAUGACCUGCCGAACAAGUCUUCGACGUUUCCCCGGUCCCUCACACGAAGAGUACCAAGUAACAAGAACCACACACUACCUAAAUGCAAUGCGUUUGGUGAUGUGUUGCCAGUUCCUGGUACAAGGCAUAAUAGAUCGAGGUCCGAUAUUGUUGGAAAUCUGGCGCAGAGGAUGAUCAAUGAAAGUGCAGGACCUUCCAACUUAACAUCAGCAAACUGCAGCAAUUUAUCUCUAUCUCACUCAGAAAUAAGUAGAAACGCGAAAAACUUGAUGUCGCCUUUAUCAGCAUGCAUUAUUGAAACCGCGUUAGUACAAGACAAAGGAAGAGCGUUUGGGAUAUACGCCAUAGCUGUCACUAGACUAUCGGACAACGAAAUAUGGCAUAUUUACAGGAGAUAUAGUGAUUUUUAUGAUCUACACGCGUCUAUUAAGGAUAAGUGGCCAGAGUUGAGUAGUCUUCCAUUCCCAGGGAAGAAAACAUUCCAAAAUACAUCUAGAACAGUAUUAGAAAGUCGGAAACGGAUGUUGAAUAGUUACCUUCAAACGUUAGCAAGUUUGUCGAGAGACGCUAAGUAUAUGACGUUGCUAUCCCCGGACUAUUUAGGUGGAUUCCUUAGUCCUGAAAAUCAGACUGAGAAACAUAGUAAUACGCUUGAUGCACUUCUUGUGAAUUCUUUGAGAGCUGGAAUGAGGACGUUGAAAAAUAUGCCUGAUCAGUUCGCUAAUACAGUCGAUGGAGUAAUGGAUGGGAUCUCAAAAGUGUUCCAAGGCAAGAGUGACGAGAGUUAUUACGACGGAUUUAAAAGUGGUAAUUCUUCUGAUGGACAAGAGGAAAAUGACGAAAGCGUAGCUUUGAAAUUAUUUGAAGAAGUUUUAGGUAUAAGAGGGUUAUGGCUAAGGAGACGCUUGCUUGCUCCCAUAAGGACAUUGAUUGCAGAUAGAGUUAAUAAAAAGGUGCUAGAAUUUGUGUCGUCACUGACUUCGCCUCGAAAUGUUGUCCAGUAUUUGAAGACAUUCAAACAAUGGUUGACCAGUCGAAACGGCUCGAGUUACGGCAAUAGAGACGCUGCAACCAAAGCUAGGACGAGAGUGGCUGCUAAAGUUGCAUUACUUUCCGCUUGUUCAGAUGAUUUGCGACACAUAGUAGGAUCUGACACAGCAAGAAGAGGUUUGCUUACAGUAUUCGAUCUUUUUCAAAAUCAAGAAAUCAAUAGAAGAUUGAUAUUUGUGCUUUUAGAAACAAUGCUAACAAACUUGUUCCCCGACAACAAUAUACCAGAGUUAUUCAAGAAAAUGUACUCACAUUCACCGCGCGUGCCUCCGCCCAAGAAAUCUGUUAAUGUUUAGAAAAAUGUUAAUUUGUUAUUUAUUUAUUAUUUUAAAUUUUAAGCGUAUUACGUCACGAGUAGACGUCUGUCUGUGAUUCGUGUAGGUAUCAUGCCGUUUCAUGUUUUUUAGUCUUCUUAAGACUAAUAUGCUGAUUAAUAUUUGUAAUUGUCUGUGCCCACGCCAUCUUGAAAUGCUACUCCACUAUAGAUAAAAUUGUAUGAAAUAGUAGUGAUUCUCAUGCUUCAUAUCGCCAUUUGAUAUUAUUAAAACCUUUAAGGUAAGUAAGAAAAUGUCCAAUUGUACUAACGAAUGAAUUUUGUACAGAUUAUUAUAUGUACGUAUUGGUGUCAAAAGGGCCAAGCGUUUGAAGCGCCAUCUCUUGAGAUUUAACGUAAACAUUGAUAUUAAAAUUUCUUUAUUUAAAUUAACGCCAGCGCAUUUAUGUGGAAGAGUAAAUAAAAUUGUAAUAUUUAGUACAGUGCCAAAGACAUUAGUCAUUUCUUUAUUGGCAAUGUUAUACGAAAUUGUGAUAAAUGAAAGUGUACCUAAAUUGAAAUUCUAAAUAUUAGAUUUUCUUCUUUAUUAGUUAAAAUCAAUUGCUAGUUGUUAGGUAAAUAUACAAUUACAUAGUUAAUUUUACUAUUUUUUUGAUGUGAGGUUGAAGUUAUCUAUAUAUUUAUAUGCGUGUAGGUAUUUUUUCGAAUUUAGCUACCUGUGUUGAAUCAAAUAAUUAUGAUGGUAAUGCUUCAGGUUCAUAAAAUGGUUUGAAAGCACGUAGAAAAUUGUUGUGAAUAAUUGUAUCAAAGUUAUACAAUUCAUUACAAGAUACAUACUCAUGCAAAGUAUUUUUUUCCUAAAGUCCCCUGGUCAAAAACACAUCACCACUUUUUUCAAGAUGUUGUAUAAAUUGAUUACUUUCAGUGAAUAUUAUUUAGUAAAAUAUGCAGUAAAAAAAUCUAUUCCUGAUUAUUGUAAUAUUUGAGUAAAUGAGCUACAGUGUUAUUUUGAAGUCAUAAUAUCAUAAAAAUCCCUAUUCUUUAAAGCAAUAAAUAUAGCAAUAAUUUAUAUAACAAAUUAUACAUAUCAUAAUUUCACAAUAAUAUUUUAUAGUUACAUACAUUCCAUUGAUUCAGAUUAUAUUUUAUUGUAAUUAUUAAGUAUUUUAAGUAUUUAUUUGAU